AUGAACACUGCGCCUUCGGCCAAACUCAAUCGCUUCGAUGCUAUUCGCUUUCAGCUGAAUCAGGACACCAGUCGCGCAGCGGAUCGGGUCUCCGCCGGCCUUCCUACGCCGCCGCAAAGCGAGACGACCAGUAACGCGAGCGUCAGCGGAGAUUUUCGAGGGGCUCGAAAGGAUUUGCACGGCGCCUUGCCUUCGUACACUGACGUCCCGGGACUGCUUAAACCUUCCGUCUCAGCUCACGACGCCUCUGCUUCGUCACGCUCUCCUUCGGUCACUUCCUCUUCCAAUCACACAGGCAGUGACACAAUUGGCGCAACAAGUCCACAUCAUCAUCCUCGCGAGACCUUUCGGUCAAGCCAACCACCACUUGCAACAGGCGCAAACAUGGAGACGCGCCCCGCCGCGUCCGUCAGCAACUCUGCGUCUGAUCAGCGCAUCUCUGAAAUGCCUGGAUCCAAUGCUUCCCCAUCAGCCCUGCGCUCCUCUUCGUCCCUCUCUUCCGGUACGACAAACUCGCCUAGGGAGAGGAGAAAGCGCCGUAGCGAAAUGCACGAACGAGACGUCAGCCAAAUUCGAUCCGAGUCACGUAUGGGCUUUGCCAACGAAGACGACAACGACGCAGCUGCCAUCGACGAACCCGACGUGGCUUCCCAGCAGCAGCCAUUCCCACGCGCCUCUCAGCACAAGUAUUCGCCGCGCAAAUCGACGACACUCUCCGUAGCCUCGUCCCGUUACGACGAGACCGAGGCCGCAGUCGAUCACGAGCGUUCUCCACGACAUCGCGACAGCCCUCAUCGUGUCAAUACGCAUUUACCAAUCACGCAUGCAUCGGCAUCCUCUUCUCACUAUGUCGGUGCUGACGACACUUCAUCGGGAUCCAUGAGACGCCUCGUGAAUACCACGGGUCGCACCUCUGGCCGCACUUCGCUUGACGAUCGAACCUCUCCACGCAUCUCGACUGCGAGCCGCAGCCCGAUGCCCUCCGAGUUUCGUCUCCCAGACAAGGAGAUUCGCCGCGCCUAUCGAGCCGCACACCAGCGAACUGCCAGCGACGACUCAGACGCAAGCGAACCGCGCCAACCAUCGGUCGCCAAACCCGCGCCAUCGGAACCUGCCGAUGAUGUCUCUCUUCGUAGUCCCGUCUCUACGCGAAGGGAGAGUCUUGACGAAAUACAGGAGGAGGGCGCGACAAGAAAGUCUAUCGACUCACAUUCGCCCCAUAAUCGUCGUCGCAGGUACGCCUCCGACGCGGCGAGUUCUGCGGCCCCAGAUGAAGUGGCGUCAAAAUUAGACUACGACGGUCGGCUUGGGACGCAAGGCAGCCGCAUCUCAGUCGACUCGUCUUCUGCGCAACGCUACCUUGCCAGGGGCUCCAUACAAAGCACACCUUCCAGCUCUGCGCGCCGCACACCGCAUUCGUCCGACUUUGGCUCGCCGAGUGAGGAGGCGCGUGCUCGAAAGAUCUCGUCAACGUCUUCCAAUCGUUCCCAAAAGUCGUCCAACAGCGCAUCCGAGCUCCAUCGCGCCGCCUCGCGCGUCAGCAUGCGCAGGCAGUACGGUUCCGACCUCUUCUCCGCUGAGGCCAUCUCGCCUCCGUCAUCUACCAACCAACGACCCUACAGCCCGUCUGCUUCGUCUUUGACAAACUCGUCGGAUCGCUCCCGAGCCCAUCUCGACCACUCGCGUCGCGUCGACGAUGCGGCCUUGGACCAUCUUCGGAACCAGAUUCAGGAAUUACACGUGGGGCGUGCAGCUGCAGAGCACGACCGACGUCUGAUCCCGCUUCACGGUCGAGUCCAGCCAGGGUCCGCGCGCGGGUCCAUAACUCAUGAUUCGCCAUCUUUAGGCUCCGUGCGUUCACAGUCUGUCAUGGGUCUGCAGAGGACGCCUAACGACCACCCCCGCAUCCUGCAGAUGCAACAGCACCCUUCUACGGAUCCGCAACGAUCCCGAUACGAUCGCAACUGGCCCCUGACAGACCCCACCAACUCAUCCGACGCCGUGCAUCGCAUCCACGAGCUCGUUGGUCUCCGCGGCGGUGUUCAUGCGCGUCAACCUGGGCCACAUAGGAGCGCCACCGCCAUGGGCACCGCGGCUGGAUCUUCCGUGUCAAGCCCCGCCCCUAUUCAGCGCGACCGCAACGCCGCCGCCGGCGACGAGCCUGCUCCUAUCCGCAACCUUACCGUCCGCUUGGCCCAGUACGAAGCUCUGUACACCAAGACGCCAUCUGCCGACGCGACCACUUCUGCCACACAAGGACCGCACACAGCGCGCACCGUAGAGCUUAUGGGCGCGAUUGUGCGGGGCACUUCGACCAUGUGGACAGAGGUGGCAUCCAUGCACCCCAUCGCAACAGAGGGUCAUCUGAUGGGCCGGCCGGGAGAUGCUCUGACCGACGCCUUUGAUCAGCUCGACGAGGGACUCGCCUUCGUUAACAAACUCGUCCUUGAGCAGGCACGAGCCAUGCAGGAUCUGCUUUUCCUUCUGGACCGCACGGAAAAGGAGAGACAGUCGCAAUUCAAUCAGGCCCUGGUGGAAUUGGGUCACUCGCCCAGACCCUUCUCGCGCAUCGAUGGCAGCGGUGGCGCUCCCCUCACACCGGCAUCUGCGAAGCUUGCCAACGGCAUGGAAGCAAGCAGAGGCUCCGAUCGCAGCGCUCAGCUUUUGCGCCGAGCGACCUCUUCCGUCCGCGAUGGAUCCGCCUCGCACCGUGACUCGCUGUCUCCCUUCAACCGCCCGUCCAGAGGUGUUGGCACCGCUGAACGUGGCGCAACCCUAACGGCCACGCAACUUCGUUCCAUGACCUCUCUUGGCCACACUAGCGCUCACGGCCGGUCGGCAUCUGAGCUGUCGCCUUCCUCCGCUGCUGCACAGCGGAGACUUGAUCGGCUGACCUUCGAGUCGGCGCGCGAAGCCUCCCAAGACUCUCCACUGUCUUCGCGCCGCAGCGUCAUGGGGCAACACUUCCCAACUAGUGGUGCCUCCCAAACGGAGUCCACUCCUGGCGAGACCAUUGCAGCCGGAACGGCGAGCUCGCGUCCCGCGCCGGCGUUCACGCCGCGUCGUCCAAGACUGAGCAACCCUUCUGUCUCGAAUGCUACAGCAUCUUUUCAACCUGCGGCAGCAUCCACGGCUUCGAGCGUCUUUGCUUCGAGCCCAGAGAACAGCCUGCACAAUGGACUUAGCGGCGCCGAGCAGAUGGACAGCGAAGGUAGCACUGUCGGAGGUGAGACGGACGAAUUUGGCCGAGUGCCCGGUGCGCAUGCCAAUGCUUCGCUGGCUGGCGAUACGCUUAGACAGUCUUCGCGGGGUCAGCGUUCGCGAGCGGCACGAAGUGGGGUUGACGCCACUGUCCGAGGUGGGCCAAGGAUCGUUGACACCCUCGCCUCGCAACUCGACACAUUUAGGGGCAUCGACGGCCAAAGCGCCGAAUCGAUUCCAACCACAGCUCAGACGGCGGACCAAUCUCGAGAGGGCACGGGACACCAGGUAAGUCGGAGGCACACGCUCAGUUUCAAUCCUGCUGCAUCGUCCUCUACUGUGCUUUCGGAUCCUGAUGAUGGCAACCGCUCUCCACCCAAGCUGAGCCAGUAUGGCCUGACCAAGUCGAACAAUCCGCCACCUCGACCUCCCCGCCACGUGCAGAGACCGUCCGAGGAGUCCAUCACAUCUCCUGCUCGCCGACCUCAGCAAGCAAGUCGCAACGAGCCAUCCACACCCACCUCGGCGCAGCCGGGCGAUAUCGAAACCCCGCGUCAGAAGGAUCGCUCGGGUGCUUCCACUCAGAAUACCGGCGGAUACGACGACGAUUUGACUGGCGCAGGAUUGGUCAGAAGUUUGGGCAGGACAGCCGCACGACGUGUCAGUCGUGUUCUAGGAAGUGGUCAAUGA